ACCCACCUCGGGCCCGGCCCUCGGCGCUCCCCGCGCCCCGCCUCUGCCGGGAGGGGGUCAGGUGGGCGGGCGCUAUUGUUCCCGGCGCGGCGCCGGCCUCCUCGGGCGCGCGGGGUGGGACCGGCGGCUGCGGGGGGCGGGAGCUGAUCGGGGCUGGAGCCGCGGGGCUGCGCGCUCGCCCGCUCCUGCGCGCCGCUCGCUGGCUCCCGGCCGCCGCCCGCAGGCUGCGGGGCUCGCUGGUCCCUCCGGGCGCGGCCCGCCGCCCCCGCCCCCGCGCCCUCGCCCCACCUCCCCGCCCGGACUCCCCAUGUAUGACGACUCCUACGUGCCCGGGUUGGAGGACUCGGAGGCGGGUUCAGCUGACUCUUACACCAGCCGCCCGUCUCUGGACUCCGACGUGUCCCUGGAGGAGGACCGGGAGAGUGCCCGGCGGGAGGUGGAGAGCCAGGCCCAGCAGCAGCUCGAAAGGGCCAAGCACAAACCUGUGGCCUUCGCUGUGAGGACCAAUGUCAGCUACUGUGGCGUCUUGGAUGAGGAGUGCCCGGUCCAGGGCUCCGGAGUCAACUUUGAGGCCAAAGACUUUCUGCACAUUAAAGAGAAGUACAGCAAUGACUGGUGGAUCGGGCGGCUAGUGAAGGAGGGCGGCGACAUCGCCUUCAUCCCCAGCCCCCAGCGCCUGGAGAGCAUCCGGCUGAAGCAGGAGCAGAAGGCCAGGAGAUCCGGGAACCCCUCCAGCCUAAGUGACAUCGGCAACCGACGCUCCCCUCCUCCAUCUCUAGCCAAGCAGAAGCAAAAGCAGGCGGAACAUGUGCCCCCAUAUGAUGUGGUGCCCUCCAUGCGGCCUGUGGUGCUGGUGGGACCCUCUCUGAAAGGCUACGAGGUCACAGACAUGAUGCAGAAGGCUCUCUUCGACUUCCUCAAACACAGGUUUGAUGGCAGGAUCUCCAUCACCCGCGUCACCGCUGACCUCUCGCUGGCAAAGCGGUCUGUGCUCAACAAUCCUGGCAAGAGGACCAUCAUCGAGCGCUCGUCUGCCCGCUCCAGCAUCGCUGAGGUGCAGAGCGAGAUUGAACGCAUCUUCGAGCUGGCCAAGUCCCUGCAGCUGGUGGUGUUGGAUGCGGACACGAUCAACCACCCGGCGCAGCUGGCCAAAACCUCGCUCGCUCCCAUCAUCGUCUUUGUCAAAGUCUCAUCCCCGAAGGUCCUGCAGCGGCUCAUCCGCUCUCGGGGGAAGUCUCAGAUGAAGCACCUCACUGUGCAGAUGAUGGCGUACGAUAAGCUGGUGCAGUGCCCCCCGGAGUCAUUUGAUGUGAUUCUGGAUGAGAACCAGCUGGAGGAUGCCUGUGAGCACCUGGCUGAAUAUCUGGAGGUUUACUGGAGAGCCACCCACCACCCAGCGCCGGGCCCUGGGCUUCUGGGCCCUCCCAGCACCAUUCCUGGACUUCAGAGCCAGCAGCUGCUGGGGGAGCGCGGUGAGGAGCACUCGCCGCUGGAGCGAGACAGCCUGAUGCCAUCGGACGAGGCCAGUGAGAGCUCCCGCCAGGCCUGGACCGGCUCCUCCCAGCGCAGCUCCCGCCACCUGGAGGAGGACUACGCGGAUGCCUACCAGGACCUGUACCAGCCUCACCGCCAACACACUUCGGGGCUGCCCAGUGCUAACGGGCAUGACCCCCAAGACCGACUCUUAGUCCAGGACUCGGAGCACAACCACAAUGACCGGAACUGGCAGCGCAACCGGCCCUGGCCCAAGGACAGCUACUGAGCGCCUCCGGCUGCCCGCCCGGCAGCGCAGGCACAGCUGGCUGGACCCCCUCCGGGUAGGCUGGAGUUAGGCUGGCAUUAGGCUGGCACUAGGCUCGGCCCCCACGACCCCCUGCCCAGCCCCGGCGCCACGGCUGCCUGUGGUGCCCCGGUUCUGGGAGAAACAGAGGGCCCCUCACCUCCUGGGCAGUGACCCCCUAGGCUCCCGUUCAGGUACUAGCUGUGUGCGCUGCACCCCGGCACCUCCUCCUCCCGCACAAGAAACUGCCUCACUGGACAGUGCCCCCGGCCAGGACCCCUCGGC